GAAUAGACAGUCGAUACAAUGAAGGUUGCCGGGAACUGGCAAACUAUCUGCUUUUUGGCUUGUAUAACCAGAGUAACAAUGACUUUGAAAGAACUGGGUUUCCUGAAGAAGUUCUUGAUGAUAUAAUCAUAUUAAUAAAACCUGACAGUGUCCAUCUGUACUGUAACCCUGUGAAUUAUAAUCAUUUUUUGCCGUAUGUGGCGUACUGGAGGAACUUGCAUUUUCACUGUCUGACUGAAAAUGAGUAUGAAGAUGAAGAAGCUGCGGAGGAAUUCAAAAUUUCCAGCUUCGUAGACAUGGUUCGAGAUUGCAGUCGCAUUGGUAUUCCAUACAGCUGCCAAGGUCAUCUACAGAUAUUUGAUAUGUUCAUUGUUGAAAAGUGGCCAAUAGUGCAGGCUUUUGCACUGGAAGGAAUUGGGGGUGAUGGCUUCUUUACAAUGAAAUACGAAUUAAUGGAUGUCAGUGCUGAUUUGUGGAGGACAUACAGCAAAAUGGAUCCUGUUUCCUUGGAGGACUUGGUCUUUGAGGAUUUAAUGAUUUUUGAACACCAGUGGACCAACUUUUUUGCUAAUUUUGAUACUGAAAUUCCCUUCAUUCUGGAACUAUCAGAAUCUCAGGCGGGGGAGCCAUUCAGAAGUUACUUCAGUCACGGAAUGAUCUCAAGCCAUGUAACAGAUAACAGUCCGAGCCGGCAACCCUUUGUUCUGUUUGGUAGCCACUCAACGAAGGAAAACUUGAACUCUGGUAACUUUAAUUUUCCAUCAGAAGGACAUCUUGUUCGAAACACCGGCCUUGGUGGAAGCACAGCUAAGCAUAUGGUAGUGCAGUGUGUAUCUCCAAAGGGACCUUUGGCUUGUUCAAGGACCUAUUUUUUUGGUACCACUCACAUUCCUUUCUUGGGAAAUGACAAUGAGACGCACAAGCAAGCUGAACAAGUUACGCUGUUGUCGCAAAUAUAUACUGCUGUUGUAGAGGCUGUGCUUGCUGGCAUUGAGUGCUAUGCUAAAACUUCCACUGAAUCCAAGGCAAAGGAGGUAGCAGAGCAGAUGCUCAUGUCUGUGUUAGAUACCCUUCAUUUAACACAACUUAAAACUGCAUUACGCUCCAGAAUCGCUUUUCAAAUUCAGGCUGUGAAUAAUCAUGGAAGAAUUACUCCAUUAGAAAAUGAGGAUAGCCUGUGUUUGAUUAAAACAGCAUCUAUGAUGGUAUUUGACAUUCCAGAUUUGCUCACAGGAAAAGGAUGCUUGGGAUCUGUUGUCUUUUCAGAGUCAUUUCUAACGUCACAGAUACAAGUAAAAGAAAAAGAUGGCAGCAUUAAUUCAGAAACCAGCCACAUAAUACUGACUGCAGCUAUCCCAAGAUACGCUUCUUGGCUGGUUGAAGAUAGUGAUGUGAAACUGUCUGAAAAGGCACAGCAUAUACUGAAGGAAGACAAAUCUUUUCUUGGCACUUUACUCACUGGAGGUGAUGGAGCAUAUAUUUAUUCUAGCAAUCCACAGGCCAUGCCUGCUGAAGGUGAGAUGAGUUUUUUUCCAAUUACUUACAGAGUUGGUCCACUCUUUUUUAAACAAGAGAGAGGUGCACGGUUUCUGGGAUUUACACAUCUG